AAUCUUGGGGAUAAGGCUAAGUUUUGAUGACAUCAGUUUCGUCUGUCCUUUGUCCGAUUGAUAAAGUGCCGACCAUGGCAAAGCAGCAAAACCAUCUCCAUUUCUCAGCGACGGCUCUUCCAGUACUAGCUAGUAUAGUCGUCAAGUAGAACGAUGGCGUCUUCUCGUGUGACCUCCGCCUUGGCUCCUCUGUUGCGACGCUCUGUGGUAGCUAGUCGUCAUGCUUCGGCGCUUCAACGAGGCGGUGGAACUCCGCCGAUGCCUCCGUUUGCGAGGAUUCCUCCACCCACAGAACCGCUAGCAGAAAACAACGAUGCCAUUUGGGAUGACGGUGUAGCCCCGGAAUUGGCAUUGGAUUUUGACAUGCCGCACAUGAGUUCUCGAGAAGCUCUUGGAACUUGGAUGUUGGGCUUUGGUACCUUUGCUGUCUUCUUCCAGUUUCUCAAGGUGGUCUUUGACCCGGACGUGGACAAUCCAGCCAUGCCUCAUUCCACCAUGCUCGUUGACAAGGAUCAUGGAGAUGUUGGAGUUGCCAGGCCCACCAAUGGAAACCACUAACUACGCACAGUACUGAUCAUGCACCGUGGCUGCAUGGCUACCGGGAGCAGAUUUUAAUCUGAACGAUCUACCACCAUUGUUGCAUGGCGCAUAAUAUACGUGUGAUUUAUACCGAAUGGCAUAAUGCUAAGAGUACAGUUUACUUUU